GCCGGGCAAAGCGGCGGGCAGGAGCCCGGCCGGCGGGUGCGCGCUCCAGGGCGCGCGGGGAGCGAGGCGCGCGCCAUGGAACAGCGGUUAGCCGAGUUCCGAGAGGCCAGGAAACGGGCCGGGCUGGCGGCCGAACCCAACACUUCGAGCCGGAGUGCACAAACCUCAGGGAAGAAGGCGGAAGCAGCUGCGACUCCAAAGGCAGCUCCAGGCUGGCUAAAACGGUUCCUGGUGUGGAAACCGAGGCCCGCGAAUAUCCGGGCCCAGCCCAGCCUCGCUCAGGAAGUGGCUCAGCCGGGGAGCAGCACGUCGCAGCCACCACGGAACACAGCCAUUCCUCUGCCUUCACCACAGGACCAGUCUUUCCUGAUCAACAUCACCUUCUUGAAGGUUCUUCUCUGGUUGGUCUUGCUGGGAUUGUUUGUGGAACUGGAAUUUGGCCUGGCCUAUUUUGUCCUCUCCUUGUUCUACUGGAUGUAUGUCGGGACACGAGGCCCCGAAGAGAGGAAAGAGGGAGAGAAGAGUGCCUACUCGGUAUUCAACCCAGGCUGCGAAGCCAUCCAGGGCACCCUGACAGCAGAGCAGUUGGAACGCGAGUUACAGUUUAGACCCUCGAGGGGAGAUAGGCCCUGCUCUCUUGCAGCUAGCCUCCCACAUGGCUCCCUCAUAGCCUCUGGACAUGGGCUCGUGGGUUUGAUUUCAAGUGCCCAAGACCUUAUAAGAACAGCUUGCAGGUUAGUUCUGUGGCUGUGAACUUCUGCAUUCUUUCCCCAAUCUUCUGCUGCGGUUUUAUCAUUGAACUUCUCUUUGGUUUUGGUGAAACCCCUUGAAUGACACUCAGUGUGGAUAUGAUGCCCUUUAUAAAAAGUACACACUCAAAAAA